CGUCGCUCGCUGUGCAACCCCAACCCCACCGAGCCACCUCCUGAUCCCCUCCUAUUUCCAAGCUAGCAGACAAGAAGGCCAUGGGCGUCUUCACGGUGACCAAGCUGUCCGAGGGCCCCGUGCGGCCGUCCGCCGCCACGCCGUCGGAGAAGCUGCCCCUGGCCUGGGUCGACCGGUACCCGACGCACCGCGGCCUCGUCGAGUCCGCGCACAUCUACCGCAACGUCGCCGACAUGCUGCUGCCCGCGCCGGCAGCGGUGCGAGAUGCCGACGACGUUGGCGACGCUGCAGCCACGAAGAAGGCGGCGAAGGAGGUGGUGAACAGCAAGUCCCCGGCCGCGGUGGUGCGCGGCGCGCUGGCGGACGCGCUGGUGCACUACUACCCGUUCGCGGGGCGGAUCGUGGAGGACGUCCCCGGGCGCCCCGCCGUGCUGUGCUCCGCCGAGGGCGUCUACUUCGUGGAGGCCGCCGCCAACUGCACCCUCGCAGACGUCAACUUCCUCGAGCGCCCGCUGCUGCUCGCCAAGGAGCAGCUUGUGCCGUGCCCGGUGCCGGAGCUCUGGCCCGUCGAGCCGCACAACUGCCUCGCCAUGAUACAGGUCACGACCUUCACCUGCGGCGGCUUCGUGGUCGGCCUGCGCACCAACCACGCGGUGGCGGACGGCACGGGCGCGGCGCAGUUCCUGAACGCCGUCGGCGACCUCGCCCGCGGGCUGCCGGAGCCCCGCGUGAAGCCCGUCUGGGCCCGGGACCGCUUCCCCGACCCGGACAUCAAGCCCGGCCCGCUCCCGGAGCUGCCGGUGCUGGCCCUCGAGUACAUCGCAUUCGACUUCCCGGCCGCCUACCUCACCAAGCUCAAGUCUCAGUACGCGGCGUCCACGGGCGGCAAGAUCUGCUCGGCCUUCGACGUCGUCAUCGCCAAGCUCUGGCAGUGCCGGACGCGGGCCACCGAAGCCGCGCCCGGCGCCGACGUCAGGCUCUGCUUCUUCGCCAGCUCCCGCCACGUGCUGAAGCUGGAGCCGGGGUACUACGGCAACGCCAUCUUCCCCGUGAAGGUGUCGGCGCCGGCGGAGGUGGUGGCCGGGUCAUCGGUGGUCGAGCUCGUCGGCAUGGUGCGCGACGCAAAGCGGCGGAUGGCCGAGGAGUGCCUGAGCUGGGCGGAGGGCCGCACCGGCGGGCGCGACCCGUUCCAGAUGACCUUCAACUACGAGUCCGUGUACGUGUCGGACUGGAGCAAGCUCGGGUUCAACGACGUGGACUACGGCUACGGCACGCCCAUGUCCGCCGGCCCGCUGGUGAACUGCGACCUCAUCGCGUCGGCCAUCGUCAUGAGGGCGCCGGCGCCGCUCGCCGGAACGCGGCUGCUGGCCAGCUGCGUCACCAAGGAGCACGCCGACGACUUCGCACGCAGGAUGCGGGAGGACCUCGUGUGAUGAUGCGCGCUUGCAUAUGCGCAUGCGUGAAGGAACUCGGCCGCCGUACCGUAUCACAUCUACUAUAUGUAUACCGAUCUACGUGUCAUCGAUCAGAGCUAGUGGUGGGAGCUACAUACGAAAUGGGUAUUGUGAUCCUGUUUGGAGUCUGGACGAUAACUACAUUAUUGUUGCGCUGGUUGUACAAAGUGUGUGCAAAAAAAUUUCAUGGAGUUGCGAGCGGUACCAGUGUUCACGACAAGAAAAACACUCCAUAAAAGACGGUUACACCUUAUAUAUAUAUCUGAUUGGAUGUAUAGUCCAUAUCAUAUUAUUCA